UAGUAUUUAAGAAGCAUGGAUACUCCACGUUUCUUCACAAGACUUGGACAGCUGAAAACCAGGACCAUGACUCGUUUCUUUGUUGCCUCCGUUCUCGCCAUGUCUGUGGCCUGCGUGGCUUCCUACCAACAGACCAUGCUGCUGAGGGGACCGUCAGGAGGCCUUGGCCCGAGCAGUGGCGGCGGUAGUUUCGGCAGUCCUGGAUCUGGAGGUGGCGCUGGUGGUUUUGGCCUUGGUAGUGGCUACGGCAGUGGCGGCAGUGGAUUCGGCUUGGGCAGUAGUUCACUAGGCGCCGCCUACGGUAGUGGCGAUUCACUUUCUGGUUUUGGUAGUGGUAGUCCCAGCUCCAGCAGCAGUGGCUACGGCUUGGGUGGUGGCCUCGGAAGUGGCUUCGGAAAUGGGGCCGGUAGUAGCCUAGGAGGUGGCCUCAGCGGUGGCCUCGGCGGUGGUCUUGGAGGUGGCCUCGGCGGUGGUCUCGGCAGUGGUCUUGGAGGCGGCCUCGGAGGUGGUCUCGGCAGUAGCUACGGAGGCGGCCCUGGUGGUGGCCUCAGUUUCGGAAGCAGUGGCUCCAGCGGACAAGGGCUUGGCUUUGGUAGACUUGGAGGCCCAAGCAGUUCCGGCGGUUUCGCGGGCGGCCCGGUAAUUUUUGGAGGCGAGGGCCAAGUGCAACAGCGAACUCGCCUAUGAAUGCCAAGAGGACCAAGAAAGAGAGAAACACUGUCAAUAUGUCGGCUGUAGUUCAAUAAAGCAGCUUUGGCCACAGGCUGAGAAAACAACAA